ACACGUCCUGGUCGGAGUUGAAAACAUCACGAGUGUGGCUCCUGCAGCUGUGCUUCAAAUACAGCACAUGGUCGCUGCACACAGCUCUGCACAAGCGCACACACCGCGACCACUGCUCCAAACUCGGACUUUGUUUGUCAGCAUAAAAACAAAAACAAACGACCAAGCAACGACGGUUAACCGAAUAAAACAACUUUUACGGUUAAUGCAAAAGCCCAACAACGUCUCCAUCGUACGAAGCAGCGAACGAGCGAGUACUCGGCAACAGCAACAGCAACGGCAACACUGACAGAGACCAGCAUGUCGACUGGUACCAAGCAAGUGAAAAGCUGCCCCAUCCCCACCAGGGUGCUCACCCUGAAGGACUGGUCCCAGCUCCCUGACUGCUACAGCCAGACCCCCGGGGGCACUCUGUUCUCCACCACCCCAGGAGGUACCCGCAUCAUCUACGACAGGAAGUUUCUGCUGGAUUGCCGAAACUCCCCCCUCGCCCGGACCCCUCCUUGCUGCCUGCCUCAGAUUCCGGGGGUGACAGUACCAGCCACACACUCCAUUGGCAAGUUGCAGGACCUCAAAGAAGAGGCCGAGGAGGAGGAGAAGGACCUGGCAGAUGACGACCAGUUUGAGAUGGACAUCUGAGCUGCUUUACCUCCUGUGGAGAGUCAUUGCAUUAAACAAGGUCAAAGACCCACGAUGCAUUACAUGCAUAAAGCUUUUUCACUUUUUUUGUAAUGAAACAUUUUGAUGGUUAGGAAGAGGAAUGUAAAAAAGAAGUAGGGUGUUUUGACCCUAACAAUACGUUUAAUUAAAGAAAUGGUAAUUAAUUGCUGGCUCAGUCGGUGGAGCUGCAGCAGGAUUGGAAAAAAUCCAUUUUGAUUUCACUUUUUUUAUCUUUUGUAAAUAUUAUGGAGCCUCUUUUUUAAGUUGGGGACAGUGGGGUUACUACAUUAAAGCAUGUAAAAAUGAGUUUUUACUGAAGACGUCAGGUUUUGUUUUGUUUACCAUCCAUAAAAGAAGUUAUCUUCCUUUGUGAUGUGAUAACAAGUGGCUCCUACUACAAGGAGGUCAGAGUCCAGUGAAAAUGAACCCCGACUGUUUGGUAUGAGAAAGGUAAACAUGUAAUUUGAAAUAAAGAUUUUUUUCAGUCAUGAAUAUUU